AGACAUAACAGUCGUUUUAUACGGUUUUAAAAAAAUUACUCUCUCUUCAAAUAAAAAAAAAAAAAUCAACAUUAUAAUUUGUUCUUACACAUUCUAUAAAUUGAAAUAAAAGUCGUUUUACACGGUUAAGUUUUUUUACUCUCUCUCUUCGAAAAAAAAAAAAAAAAAAAAACUCCUCAAACUUGAGCUCAUACCCAUCACCUGAGCUAGUCAAGCUCUCCUUUGAAUUCCUUUUGACACUCACUUUCUCUUUCCUCUCAGUUCUUGUACUUUUAUUCCAAAUUUUCGACCAAUUUCUCGCAAUUUUAUUCAGUCAGGUUAUUAUUUAUUUUGUUGUUCAGUUUCAAGCUAAAGUUGCUAAAAGAGGGGAAUUAUAGCAACAAUCAACGAAUUUGACAGGGGAAUUCAGCUCAGUGGGGAUUAUGAUAAUGCUUAUAGAUGUGUUGCGUCGUUUCGAGUUCGAUGUUUCGGUUCUUAGUUUUCUUCAUCUCGAACAAAUGAUAAAGGGAGAUAUACAAAAGAUUCAGUUUACAUUCAAUUGCGCGCACCUCUCAAAGAUGUAAAGAGGCAUAUUAGGAAUCACUUAAUGACAAUGCUUCACGAGUAAGCUAUAAGAAGAAUGGCGAGGCUUACAAUUUGAUGCCUUCGUUUGAAACAUAUGGGAGACCAGAAAGAGGAGGAUUUAUAUCGUAACUUCUCAAGAAAGGAUCUCCAAGGCUUGUGCAAGAAAUAUGGUCUACCUGCAAAUAAGUCAAACUCUGAAAUGGCAACAUCCUUGAUUCUUUACUUGGAGAAGAAGAACCUAAGCACGAGAGCCAUAUGGGAGGGUACUAGAAGUGAUCUCUUUGCUUCAGGAACAACAGAGUUGCAAACUGUUGUAAGGAUGAAUUCAACAGAUAACCAGAGAAAAGACCGUGGACGCAUCGCAUCCCAUAAUAGCUUUCACAGCAACCAGUGCCUUAAUCAGCGAGAUGCAGAUCCAGAUAAUUUGCAGAAUUCCAAAGAGUCUGCUACUUCUGAUAAGGCAUCUGUUGAUGUGGGUAAUUUAACGCAACUCCAUAGAGGAAGUAACAAUGGGGCAGGUGUUGCAGAGAAUACCUUCUCCUCUGUUGUUAGUUCUUCUGCAGUAGCUCCUUCCCCUGAAUUUACAUUUGAAGUCCUCCGUGAGGAUGGGAUUCAACUUUAUGUUGAUCUGAAUUCAAGCCCAUCAGACUGGAUUGAGAGUCUAACAGCUGGAGUUCAUAUAAAUCCUGAUGUGUACAAGCCCAAGUCGCAAAGUUUUCAUGAAGAUAUAGGAAUUUUACAUUGUCCUAAGCAAAAAAGUGGUUCUGAUGCUAUAGAUCCAUCUAAGGAGACUGAUAAUAGCCAACUACAACAAGAUGGGUCUUAUCCAACCACGAUAUUGACUGAUAAUCUGACGCAAACUGUUGAACCUGAUGAUGGAGAAGGGUCUAUGUCUUCACCUGGAUUGAAAUGCUUAAGCAAUGCUGUUCAUAACUUGGGGAAUUUACAAGAAGAACAAGCAUAUUUAUCAUCCAGACUUGAACCUGGUACUGAGUGGCAACUUCCUGGUGCAAAAUAUUGCAGAAGAGAGGAAAUAUUGACUAAUAAGUCAGAUAUUAAUGCAGCAGUCCGAACUAGAACGCGCUUUAAUUUUACUGGAAAUUCUGUGCCAUCUGAUCCUAAGUUUUCAGAGAUGCCACACCAGGGUGCAGAUACUGGUAAUGGUGUUCAUAAAAAGAUAUCCUUGCAGCAAAUGAAUAAUUGUUCUCUGGACCCUGUUCAGAAAUGUUGUGAAUCGUCAACAACUGUUAGCAUGGAGAUGCAAACAUCUACUCGUACUACCAUGUGUCAAGAUAUUGAAUAUACUCCUUCCAAAAUUGGUAGAUAUGUAAACGUAGUUGACCAGAUAAAGGAUACUGAACAGUCUGAAUUAGUUAAAACUAUUCAGACUCCCAGCAGGGAUGAGCUGCAGAUGUAUCCUGCUCAAGAAGUUGGUCAAAGAACAAGUGUGUCUCCUAUGUUGAAGAUCUUUCCAUUUAACUAUGCUGAUAAUAGGAGUAAAGUGGAAGAAAGCAACAGAAUCUUAUUUGAGAAAAUUGAUAGGCAAAUAAGAGAAGCUCAAUCACAUUUAGCAGGAAAUGCUGGAUUUCUAAGGACAACGGAGGCUAGUAAUGAAGCUAAUGAACUUCAGAAAAAAGAUGCAGUACUUUAUCCUUGCUAUAAUGAUGGGUCCUUUGAGGUGGCUGUUCCAAAUAAAAAGGAGUUAGAUCUUCGCAUAUUAACUAAAUCUAAUGAGCUUCAAGAGGACAAUUGCAGAAGCCCAUCAACAGCCAAUGUGGGAAAUCUGGGUAAGAGCGACACUGGAAAUGGAAGGGAGGGAUCAAAAUGCUUGAAUUCUAACAACCUAACGGAGAAGCCCCGGAAAAAGUCUUCGGAUUCAGAAACUACUGGGGAGCACAAGAAGAAAAGAAAUUUAAACAGCGUUGAGCAUCCGAGUAAACUUGCGAACGCUGAGGCAAAGAAUUUGAGGUCUUCAAAGCAGCUUGAUGGAAAUGUUCAUUCAAAGCGUAGAAGAUCUUCAAGGCUUUUUACUAAGUGAGUUGUUGAUACACAAUUGAAGUUGUCAUGGUACUUGUUGAAAGCUGAGAUGCAAUUUAUGGUUUGCUUAUAUGUUGGAGAACAUACAGAUACAAAGAAAGAAUAAUGGUGCUAUACAAUAUACAAUUUUUAAUUAUUUCUAUGUAAUUUGUUAUAAUUAAUCUUGCCUUUGGUGUCCACAUGACAUGAGGCCAUUGUUCUUAUACUUUUUUUUCUUUUUUCUUUUAUAAAUACAUUUAUAAUUUUGGUCUCUGUUUUGAGGCUUGUAUAUUAGGCUAUAUUAUUACUCAGGAUACAUCUAUGUUAUACUUGUUAUAUUUGUUUAUUUAGUUA